AUGAAAUCACUCCCAGAGGACAUCGUGAUCGACAUCCUCACUCGGUUACCGGUGAAAUCCAUUCUCCGAUUCAGAUCCGUCUCAAAGCCCUGGUCCAAUCUCCCCACCACACCCCAUUUCAUAGCCGCCCACCUCCGCCGGUCAUCCGCCGGCAACCCUCUCCUCAUCGUCCACCACGGCCGUACCCUCGGCCGGAAUCUCCGCGUUUCAGUCAUCGACAGCACCUUCCGAACCCUCCACCGCGAUUUCCCGCUGCCGGACACUGUCUUCGACUCCCGUCUGCAUUCCCCUUCUAUCCUGGGCUCCUGCAACGGCCUGCUCUGCAUCAAGUUCACCGCCAAUUUCAUGCUCUGGAAUCCAGCCACCAAGCAAUUCGCCCUGCUACCCAACUUCAACAACCUCACAUCUCCGUUAACCCGUUCUCACGGGCCGAAAGCCCAAUUCAUUUGCGAGAGGUUCGGGUUCGGAUCCACCCCGGAGCCCGAUUACAAGCUGGUAAGAUUCGCCAGCGUUUUCCACGGAAAACAGGGGAGCGCCGACGAAUCGGUGUGGCAGAGUCUAGAAGUCAAAGCUGCGGUCUUCUCGUGGAAGACGUGGUCGUGGAGGCCACUCGCGAGAGACAAUUCGCGAAUCCCCCUAGCGUAUUACAACAACCCGGUGGCGGCGAACGGGAAUUUGUAUUGGAUCGGGGAAAGCAGAGGAAGGAGGGAUUUCGUGCUCGAAUUCGAUCUCGCCCGGGAAUCGUUUCGAACAAUUGACUUGCCGGAGUCUUUCGAGAGGUUUAGGAUCGAGACGAGGAUUAAUCGUGUCCGCGAGAGUGAUGCGUUCGAGGCGAUGGUGAUGAGCGAGAACGGGAGAGGGGUGAAAGGGAUGUUGUGGGAGUCGUUAAGGAGAUGUGGAUGCUUCGAUGGCGGCGGCGACUACAGAGGGUAUUGGAAUGGGGUUCGAGUUGUGUUGCAGCGGCGGGUGAACGGCGAUGUGUUGGGCUUUUGCGAUCCCGCCGACGGCGAGGAUGGAGCUGUUUAUUGUGUUGACGGUAUCGGAGACCGGGUGUAUGGUGUUUGCGGUUUUGUGGAGAGCUUGGUUUCGGUUCGCGGAGGCGAUGAGUAA